AUGGAGCUUAAUCUAUUAGCGCAUUCGUCAUGUGGAAUGGAUUUGACUGAUGCCGCUCAAAAAAGCGACAUAUUCGCCGAAUUAGAGACGGUAAAAGUGGGUGGGUCCGAUAUCACAGGUCUUCAACAGUGGGUGGGUCCUGUCCCACCCACAUUCAAUGGUUCCGACGCCCAUGAGACAGAACAGAAAGGAGAGACAGUCACUCUCAGAUGUGACAUAUAUGGUGAAGGAGUCACUAGCUGGAGCUACAGCUGGUAUAAAGAAGAUUCAACCAGCGUUUUCAGUGAUCGACAGGAACACACAUUCAGUUUCGUUAAUGACUCUGACGCAGGUAAAUACUCCUGUAAAGGAUCAGAGACAGAAGGAUCACGCUGGUCACAAAUGAGUGAUGCAGUUACACUGACAGUAUCAGACUCAAGAUCUGAUGGUCUCAAACCCAUAAUAACUGGAGUGACUGCAGGACUGACUGUCACAGUUUUGAUCAUUGUCUUCUUGAUCCUGCUGUGGCGCUACAGAAACAACAAAGGUGGAAGAUCUCAGUCUCCCUCUACUGUCAGUCAACAACAGAACAACAGUCAGACAUCAGACCAGAACCACAGUGAAGCCGGAUACAACACACUGCAGUCUGGAACUGCUCAUAUUUAUGACUCCGUUGAUGCAGCUGUUAAAGACAUAAGCACAGACAGUGUAAGUGAGUCUACUGAACACAUCUAUGCUGAGAUUGAACUGAAAUCUACAAAGAAACAGAAGAAAAAGAAAGAAAACAAAGAGAAUAAAACUGAGAGUCCUGACUGCAUUUACUCUAAUCUCAUGCUGCAAACAGAUCAAGGUGCUGGAUCUAGUGAUGUGACAUAUGCUCAGGUGAAUUAAAAAUACCAAGAGGAGAAACUUUCAAUCCCAGGAUACUGAUGAGUUUCAAUCAU